AUGCGGUACCUGUCAUCAGUCGCAGCGCUCGCACUUGCGAUGUUGCCUGGCUCGCAUGCGAAUUUUCUUCUCAAGCAGAGGGAGGCCGCUCUGAGGGCUGAACUAGGACUUCGUGCUGACGGUACUCCCCUCGAAUCAGCAUCUAUCCAUCGUCUCACCGCCAGAGACGACCCCGUCGUCCCGACGCAAUACAUCGAACUCCCGAUUGACCAUUUCGGCAAAAACAACGGCACCUUUCGCAAUCGGUACUGGGUCAAUACGGCCGGAUAUAAACCUGGCGGUCCUAUCUUCGUAUACGACAUGACCGAGACGUCUAAAGACACAGACCCAGACUUAACUCUGGGCCCAAGGCUUCUAAAUGACAAUGCUGUCUUCAAGCAACUUAUCCACGAGUUCAAUGGCAUUGGCAUUCUAUGGGAACAUCGAGGAUAUGGGAAAUCCUGGCACGUCCCCAUCACCAAUCGCUCAACACCCAGAGAUCUUGAGUUUAUAACGUUUGAGAAUGCACUCGAGGAUUUGGUCGUGUUUGCCGAGCAAUUCAGCGUGAAGGGUAUCAACGAGACUCUGACACCGGACCAAAGACCCUGGAUUCAUUACGGAGGCUCUUCGGGUGCCGUACGCGCUGCUGUAUUGCGAAACAAGCGACCUGGUACCAUAUACGCAGCCUGGGCUUCUUCUGCUCCGUUGCAAAAUGUGGUUGACUUUAAUCAAUACUUUGACGGAGUCUGGGAUGGUAUGGUAGCCUUCGGUUUCGGCAACUGUACACAGGAUAUCAGGGCUGUUGUGCGGUACGUCGACCACGUUCUCGACACUGGGAACGAGGAUGAAAAAGCCAAGCUUAAAGCGCGUUUCCUCGGAUUGAGUGGAGCCCACAAUCCAGAUCGACUUUUUGCUGAAACCUGGAACUCCUUGACCCUCGACUACCAGGGCCAAGGUAUGGACGGCUCAAGUCUUAGUCUUCGCGACUUCUGUGAUCACAUCUCCACGGAUCCGGCGACGAAGCAAGUCGCACCAAAGGAAGGCUGGGCUGCUACCAAGGGCAUCGAAUGGACACUGUCGAAAUGGACGGAAUACACACCAUAUCUAGACCAGGUCAACACAUUCUUCAACACCACGUGUACGGGUAAUGACACGUUAACCAACGACUGCACUUUCGACCAAGGCCUCACCGAUCCGGGCAGUGUCGUGUAUAUGUGGCAGACUUGCACGCAGAUCGGCGCGUUCCAGGGUGCCAACGUUGGUGACAAACAACUCAUCCCCAAGGCCAACACGCUUGAGAACAUGCUCGAGCAGUGCAACUAUCUAUGGCCAGAUCGACAGGGCAUCCUUCCCGUCCGACCCAAGUCCGACGAACUCAACCGCUAUACCGGUGGCUGGCACAUUCGCCCCGCCAACACGUUCUUCACUUAUGGCGAGUAUGAGCCUUGGCUGCCUCUUGGCAUUACAUCCAAGCGACCAGAUGCGCCCAAGAAUGUGACGAUUACCACGGAGAUCCCAAAGUGCAAUGUGCCUGAUGAACACAGGGUCUUCGGUUCGAUUCUCAAAGACCAGAUCCAUUGUUACGAUGUCAUUAGUCGGAUCACCAACCCUGUGGUAUUGGAAGCAAGGGCACUGUUCAAGCAAGCACUGAGGCAAUGGCUGACCUGCUUUGUGCCCAAGAAGAAGCACCAAAAGAAGUGGAUCUCGUAG